AUGUCAACAACCAGGCCGCGCUUCGCUAGCGCGCUGGCGGCGGCCCGUCCCCCACUGCACCGUGUUUUGUUUUUUCGGCAGGUAGGCGCGUUCCCCGCGCGCCUCUUCGCCGCUGCCUGUCCCGCAGGAAAGUCUGCCGGCAGCAGAGGAUCGCCGCGGCGCAGCGCCUCGCGUUUUUCACGGCUGCGGAGAGGAGAGAGCGUCCCGGAACACCGCGCCGGGACCCGACUCGCUUCCGACACUUUCGCCGCCGCCAUUGUGGGCUCUGGUGUGCUGCCUUGUUCCGUAGGCCCCGGCGCCGGCGAGGUGGGAUGUACAGUCGACCAGCCUGAUUUUUGGGAGCCAUUCGAUUUUCCACCGCACUUGUCUGAUUUGGCAGACUUCAGGUAUCCACCACCUGCUUCAUCCAACUCUGACUCCUCGACGCAGCAGCAGGAGUGGUGUGCUGACGACAUAUCAUUGGAUGAUGCAGUGGAACUGUCCUAUGAUCGUAAAGAUGCACCACGCGCCGCUGGCGGGAAAGCGCCGGCGCUCUGCUGUUUUUGCGGCCGCCCCCCGCCCCCGCCCGCCCGCGCUAUAAAGCGGCGCUGCCGCCGCCCGCCGCCACUCUGCUCCGAGAUGCGCGCCACGCCCAUCGCAGCUGCUCUCGCGGUGCUGGUGCUGUGGCUGCCGGCGGCGCCGGCUCGCCAGUACGCCGUCAGCGACGACGCGGCCGCCUCGCAGGACGACGACGCUCCGUCUCCGGCGCGCCCCGACUACUCGCGCUACUUUGCUUCCGCCGCGGCGCCUGGUCUGGCCGUACUGGCGCCCGCAGACCCACAGCAAAAGGACGCCGCCGCCGACUCGGCGGGCUUCGUGCGGCCGCUGGACUUCUCGGCGCUGUUCGCCGCCGCCUCCGACGCCGCCCCCGGCUCUGCCGCGCUGCUGCAGCUGCAGCCGCAGGGACUGGGACUCGCCAGCCCCGGCGCCCACAUCUUCGGCCUCCAGGAUGCCACCGGCGCCGCCUCCAACAGCAACGGCACUGCCGGCUUCACCAGCGACCAGGUCCGCUUCCCGUCGCUGUUCGACGCUGCGGGCUCCGCGUCGGAGGCGGGCUUCCGCCCUCAGGACUUCCUAGCGUCAGCAGCCGCUCCCGGGGGCGGCGCGCAGCCUCUGGCCGCCGCCUCGCCCUCGCAGGACGCGUACUCACCGUCGCUGACUAAGCUGCAGCGCGACUACAGCCUGCGGCCCACGCAUUACGACGCCGCCAUCCGCGCCGCCGCAACGGGUCUGCGCGCCGCCGCCGUCGAGCUGCUGCCCGGAGCUCCGGUCGCCUUAGCCCAGACCCGCCCCAGGCCGUACGUGGGAUACCGCGCCGCCCCCGAGGUGGAAGGCAUCGUCGCUGCAGCCCCGUCUGGCAACUACUACAGACCCGCCCAAGCCACCAAGCGGGAGCAGCCGCAGUACUACAGCGGCAGCAGCUACGACGCUGCGCGCGCCCCUGGCGGCGACCCGGCGGACUACGAGGGCCUGGCCAGCUUCAAAGCUUCCAUCGUGCCCUACCAGAAGCCGUCCAAGGCGGAGGCGGAGGCCAGCGAACCGCGCCCCGGCAAGUCCUCCUACCCCGGCACGCCCACCGCCGGCUACAACGGAAAGUACCUCAAGCCUGAGAAAGCUGACGCCGGGCGCUACCACGACGACGGCUACGAGACGGCGGCCGCGGCGGCUGACAAGGCGGUCGGUGGCUACAAGGGCAGCAACUACAAGGAGGCCGCGUAUGAAGAGGUGGCGGCUGUGGCCAAGGAGGGCAAAGCGGCCGCCGGCGGCGGCUCCGGCGAGGGCGGCAAGAAGUGCAAGAGGGUGGAGAAGAAGGUGACGGCGGACGACGUGGCGAGCGGCCGCUUCCGGCGGCAGGCGAUGACGUGCUUCGUGUGCGAGGACCCGGCCACCGGCGGUAACUACGAGGAGUGCUCGUACGGCGCGGAGCCCAAGCAGGAGGCCUACUUCGUGGGCAGCUCGCGCUCCUUCAAGGCCAAGCCCACCGAGACGUCGCUGCGCUACCGCCGCGAUCUCGACCCGGAGCUCGCCGCCAUGGAGACCGAGGCUCGCGUCUACCGGCAGGCACCGUCCGACUACGAGCGCGAGCUGGACGCGUUCCUCAAGUCUGACACGUCUUCGGGCUACGCCUUCCGUCCGAGCAGCAGCGGCUACGGCCCUUCGGAGCGGCUGUCGGCCGCCGCCGACAACGCCAACUGCCAGAAGGUGGUGAAGGACUCGAUGACGUGCCAGGUGUGCAAGGACCCCAAGACGGGCGGCUCGUCCGAGCAGUGCUCGUACUCGACCAAGCCGGAGGCGAACAACUACUUCGUGGAGAAGCAGUCCUCGUACAGCAGCGGCAGCAAGCAGCCCACGCGCUCCACCAGCUCCAGCUACGACAGCCGCGGCGGAGCCAGCGAGCGCCGGGACACCAAGCUGCCCGGCAAGGACCUCACCCAGGCGGCGAGCGCCGACCAGCCCAGCUCGGGAUUGAACCUGCCCGAGGUGAAGGGCCUGGACCCGUUCCUGUACGGCCAGGCCGAAUCGUACGACCCGCAGGCGUCUUCGGACACUUCGUCGCGCUACCAGACCGACUACUACGCGCCCUACAAGAGCUACGAGGAGUACUUCCGCCACCUGUUCCCCGACCUGGGCGCCGCCGGCUCCGCCGCACAGCCCAGCGCCAGCCAAGCCUCCGGUGACUACAGCAAGAGCGGCUCGCGGCCAGAGUUCUACAGCGCGCCGUCGGCGGGGGCGGCGGUGGCGGCCGUGGCCGACCGCAAGGACCUGGACGCGGUGCUGGGCGAGUUCACGCGCAAGGACCGCUCCGCCUGCAAGAAGGUGCAGCGCGACAAGAUGACGUGCUACCAGUGCGCCGACGCCACGGGCACCCAGCACGAGGAGUGUAUGUUCGUCGCCGCCUCCGAGCCCAAGAGCAAGCACCUCGCCUACCACGAGCACAAGCAGUUCAAGCUGCCCCCGCCGCCGGGCGUCCCCGUCGCGGCCGCUGGGAAGGACUCGACUGGCGCCGCCUCCGCCGUCGACCAGCAGACCGACUCGGGACGAUCUAACGACACGACGACCGCCUCCCCGACCUCUGAGACCCCCACGACCUCGACCGAGGCUGCGGCCGCGGCCAAGAGCAAGCGCAAGACCUUUUUCAAGAAGGCGUCCUCCUCGUCGGUGGUCGCGAAGCCCACGGUGGCGGCCGAGCCAACCAAGGCCCGCAAGGUGCGCAUCACGCGCCGCUCCUCCAAGUCGACGCUGACGACGCUGACGACGACGCGCCAGACGCUGACGGCGCCGUCGGCGCUCGCCGACGACGCGGUAGCGGCCGGCUCCGAGCGGCGCGAGGCCAUCGCGGAGGCGGGGGAGGCGUCGGCCGAGCCGCCGCCCCCGGAGCUGUCGGAGGCGGACCGCAGCCCGGACGGGCUGUACAGCAGCGAGACGCGGCUCGUCUUCGACCCCGUGCUCAAGGUGACGCUGCCGCGCUACAUGCUGACGCGCACCGAGCACGAGGACGUCUUCGACGAAGUGAUGGCGUCGGGGCGCUGAGCGGCGCCGCCCCCGACACCGACUCUGUCCGACGACGACGUGACUGAGGACCAGACACCCCUCGCAAAAAAUGGGGCCAAUCUUUGACACUUGCGACGUAACUCGUCGACGGUGACUCUAAACACCCAAUAAUUCACAAAUUCCUUAUAGAUCCAACACACUGAUUUUCGCCACUUACUGUUAGCCUAUUUCAAGUGUACAAUAAAUUUCCCCUAAUUGUCAUGCAUCAGUAGCUCUGUUAGGUGCAAUCAUGUCCUAGAAUGGAAUUUACAACACGAAACCUACCAUAACCAGGUCUCUUGUUUUACAGACAGUCACUACACACCCAUUACAUAUGCACAAACACACACACCGUAAAGAACAUAUAGUGCAUUUCAAAAUUUCACAAGAAGUCUUUGGUGCACAAAUCUGAAAACUAUACAUAAUUAUUGGGGCCUCUCUCUGAGUGUGGUUAUUGUAGAAGACUUAUCUUUAAGCAUCUCUCUCUUUUGGGGCCUCUUUUGCGUUCCCUGCUUCUCUCUCUCUUUCCUUCUCUCUCUCUCUCCCUCUCUCACUCACUCUAUCCUCUUGCUCCUUCUUCCACUUCUCUCUCUGCCUGUCAGUUUCACAUCCUUCGCUUCUGUUUCCUUCCCAAUGCCUCUCUCAUGCCUGUCUCAGUUUCGUUGGCACUCCCUCUAACUUCCUCUUCUAACUCUUCUCAUUUUCCUAAGCCUCUCCCUUGUUGCUAACUGCUUCUUCCCUCAUUCUUUAAGUUUGUGUGCCUGUAUUUUGGCAUACCAAAUUUGUAAGUGCUACAGCACCACUCUACUAAAUUUGAUAGAAAACACAACUGGAGACUGAAAUAUGUGAAUAAUGUCCUUCAUUCUCCUCGCUGUGUGCGUUUCUGCCUGGUCUGCAAUCCCAAGAAUAUAUUUCAACAAGGACAUUCUGCGACAGUUUCAUAUAUUACUGAAGGUAAACCUGUCAUUAGCUCCUUCAUUUCCCUUGCUAUGUCCAUUUCUGUCCUGUCUCAAAAACCUAUAAACAUACUGCAACGAAAGACACUAUAUGACAAUUAUGUAAUGUACCGAAAAAUUUUGUGGGAUUUGGGGAAUCAAAAUCGGUCUUCGAUAGAUGGGUGAAAGUUAACCAACAGUUACCCUGGAGCAACGAAAACAAAACGAAGUAGAUCUCAUACUAACACUCUACGUAAUCUGGUGAUCUUAUUCUAACACACACACACAUAAUUAUCAAGCAAACACUUACCCCGAUCGCUCCACCUCGCACACGCGAGGCAGUGAUAAGACUGGAAGAGGGCUCGACGCUGUGAAAAAGUUUCUAUGCUGAUGUCGGAGUGCUGCCAUUAAGAGGAGAUGCGGCGUGGUUGACCGCUCAUGUGCUUACAACCCUGUUUCAGAGCGCCGGCCCGGAGACCACAGCGGUCGGUGGGUCACUGACCUAGGGACCAGCACAACGAGGCGCCGCUACUUCACUCGUGCACCACUGUACAUCUCACUCGU